AUGCCAUCUUACACCAUGUCAUGUUUUAAGAUCCCCCUCUCCUUAUCUAAACAGAUACAGAGUGCUCUGACUCGCUUCUGGUGGGACAGUAAACCCGACAAGAAGAAGCUAUGUUGGGUGUCUUGGGACAGGCUUACCCUUCCAAAGAGUGCCGGAGGUCUAGGCUUUAGAGAGAUAGAGACUUUUAAUGACGCUCUUCUCGCAAAACUCUCAUGGCGCAUUCUCUCUGAACCGCACUCUCUACUGGCUCAAACCUUAUUGGGCAAAUAUUGUCACUCAUCCUCAUUUAUGGAGUGUAAACCUCCAUCUGCUCCCUCACAUGGAUGGCGAGGGAUACUAGCGGGAAGAGAAGUGCUCAGACGAGGUUUGGGUUGGGUCAUUGGCGAUGGCGCAGAUAUUCCAGUCUGGAACUCAAGUUGGCUCUCAACUGAAAAACCAGUGGCACCGAUUGGCCCUCCAAAUGAAAACCAGACCCACCUUAGAGUUAAAGACUUACUCUACCAGCACUCAUCAAGAUGGAACCUAGCUGCAAUCCGCCUACACCUACCUCAGUAUGAGGAUUCUAUCAGGAAGCUCAUCCCAAAUGACUUUGAAAUGAAGGAUGAGUUAGUCUGGUUACCAGAAAAGUCUGGUGUGUAUUCUACAAAAACGGGUUACGCACUCUCCAAAGUAAACACUGCGAUUCCUGAGGUGCCUCCGUUUAACUGGAACCAGUGUAUUUGGAAUGUCAAAACAUUGCCUAAGCUGAAAAACUUCCUAUGGAAGAUGAAAACCAGAGCAUUGCCGGUUGGAGAAACUCUAGCGAUGAGAGGCAUAGCUGUGGAUAACUCAUGUAAGAGAUGCGGAGCGAUGGAAGAUGAACUUCAUAUUCUCCUCCAUUGCCCCUUUGCAAAUCGCGUAUGGGAACAAAUCGCAGUCCUACAAAAACCGGACCCAAGCACCACUUCCUCCAUGUCUCUCCUUCUGCAAAGCAACAAGCGUAUGAUCAAUCUUCCUCCAACGGGCCUCGCCACAACUCCCCUGUACCCGUGGGUGUACUGGAACCUUUGGACAAGUCGAAACCAAUUGCUUUUUGAGAACAAGAAGUACACGGAGCAGGAAGUGGCGACAAAAGCCACCAGAGACGCACGACUCUGGCACUUGGCACAAGAAGAAAAAGCAAGACCUCGGGUAAACCAUCUAACAAGUAAGUCUCGAAUGGUCCCCCUCAUCCCCUCAGCUCUAUCAUGUUUUGUUGCUGCUGCUUGGGAUAUGAUGUCGGACACUUGUGGACUUGGAUGGACCUUGAGAGACGAAUCAGGCUGCUAUCUUCAUCAGAAUUCUACAAGUCGCUCAUGUGUUGGCUCUGCCCUAGCGGUGGAAACACUAGCGAUGAAAGCUGCCCUUAUGGAGGCACUUUCUUCAGGUAUCCGAGUCUUGAACUGUUUCUCAGACUCCAAAAACCUCAUCACUUUGCUCACGGCAAAUGGCAACUCCGUUGAGCUCCAAGGAAUCCUCCACGACAUCCGCGUGUUGAGUAGUUCCUUUAUUUCUAUCUUCUUUAAUUUCGUUCCUCGUUUAGAGAAUGUUGUGGCCGAUUCUAUUGCGAAAUCGGCUUUGUAUCGCUUUCAAAGCGCUCAUCCUUUGGGUGAGUAA